AUGAGUGUUUCCAAAUCAUUCCUUCUGGUUAUACUUGGUGUAUCUGUAGCAACAGCAUCACAUAGUAAUAUGCAAAAGCUAAUCAAAGCUUUACCUCAGGCCAAACAAGUGACUAAAACUUGCACUUCUGCAAUCGAAAGAUCUAAAGCAGCUCUUCCAGACUACAAGAAGAUAGUAACAUCUAAUGCAAACUUUUGGAAUGAUACCAAUUUCCCUGCUGAUGGAUCAUCAAUCUAAUGGACUGGAACAAAGUUCACUAGUAAUGGUCUCGGUAGCUUCGUAGCAAACAAAUGGGAAAGAUUAAACAAUCUAUGUCCAGAAUGUACACUCUACGGUUCUGCUAAUUACUUAAACGAUAUUAAGUAAGGUGCCCUCGGAGACUGCUACUACUUAGCAGGUAUAUCUGCUAUAGCUGAAAUAAAUUCAAGGUUUGUAAAGAUAUUUGUAAAUCCUGAGAUAAACUGGGCCGGCCUCUAUGCAUUCAAUGUGUAUAUCAAAGGUAUUCCUCAAGUUGUGGUAGUAGAUGAUUCUAUCCCAGCUGGAGACUAUGGGAAGAGCCCAGUAUUUGCUGGAUUAGGAACUGAUAAAUCUAUUUGGGGAUCUCUUCUUGAAAAAGCAUGGGCCAAGACUAAUGCUAACUAUGAAUAGAUUGUUGGAGGUUUAUCGAAAGAAGCGUAUAGCUUCUUAUAAAACAUACCAAGUUAACAAUUGGAAUUAAAAUAAAUUAAAAAGGAUGCUUUGUGGACGAAAGUCUCACAAGCAGAUGCAAAAAAUUGGAUAAUGAGCAUCUCAACUCCAGAUUCGCCAAAUGGAGAUAAAGAUAUUGGUAUAUUCAAUCUUGCAUUCUCUCACGAAUACUCAUUAUUAUCAGUGAAAACACUCUAUAAUAAGGAUAGAAGUCAGUAGAUUAACUUGUUCUAGAUUAGGAAUCCAUGGAGAACAGAUAAAGAUUUCUCAGGCUCUUUUAAGGAUGGCUCAUCUCUAUGGCUCACUUUAGGGGCAAAUGGUAAAACCUAUGCAUAGCAAGCCGACCUAGUUAUUGCUGACGAUGGUAUCAUUCAUAUGACACUUGAUGAAGUCAUGUAAGCUUUUGAAUUAUUAAUUAUUGGUGAAUACUAAGACAACUUUGUGACAUCAUGGUAUGAUAAGAGAAACGAUUUGGUUGCAAAUGAAAAUACCCCAGCAGUCUAUAAAUUCACCCUUCCAUAAUCAACUCCAAUGUAAAUUAGAGCAAUGACUUAUCCAGCAAGAAUGUAUCCUAAUAGUUGUAAAUCAAAGUAAGCCAUUUUGUUACUCAGACUUGAGGAUGCUAGCGGCAAAGAAGUUUAAUCAGUUUAUUAUUACGAAGAAUCAUUACUUUCCAUUAACUUAGUUGAUAAACCUCUAGCUGCAGGCACUUAUACUUUGAAAUUCUACCCUAAGUGGACAUCAGACGAUGUUAGAGAUUACGGAAUCAUAAUUAAUGCUCCAAAAGAUAUUGCAAUUACAGAUGCUCUAGGAAAAACUAGUAGACUUACUGGCCAUGAUACAAGCAACAAAGAAUUGAAGCCUACUGUCAAAUAAGCACCUAAGCCUCCUAAGCCAUAGCUCCCAGACAUUUCUUAAAAAGGUGCUGCUUAUGAACUGACUGGAAAUCUUGAUUCGGAUAUAGUCAAGAUAAGAAACUCUAAAUCUCUUAGCAUUUCAAACGAUCAAAAUGGUGCCUUCCUCUUUGGAGAUAAAUCAAAUCUUAUCGGAGGUAUUAGAUAUGGUUAUGCUGUUUUCUUAGGAACAUUAAGUGAAACCAAAACCUACACAGGUAAAGUUACUGUUACGACUGAGCCAGGCCACAAGUUUAAAUUCUCUACAGGUAACGAUAAAUGUUCAGUUCAGAAAAAUUCUGAUUAAGUCGAUGAUGAUAUCACAUGUACCUGCUCAAUCAAGCCAGACACAUAUCCAAAAGAAUGCGUUCUCGUUCUUUUAACCUAAGAAGGAGCCGGAUUUGGUACCUCCUUAUCAUUCGGCUUAUCAGGUUGA